AGUAACAAUUAACUAAUAUUGUGGAAUUCAAAGCUAUAGGGACCUUGGGGACAUUGAAUACUUUUUGGUGUGUUUCGUUUCUGUCUCCAUAAACUUGAAUACGUACUUAAGUGCUGCUCUAUUUAAUGAUGUAAAUGACUUGCUGAUUUGUUUGAUUCCUAUACCAGUAUUGUGAUUUAUAUUGGUCAAUAAAGAUUGAAGAAAAAAAGAGAUAUAUGACAACAACAAUAGGGACACUUCCUCUAUUUCAACGCAGAGGACGCUACAACUGUGGCCAUUUUGCGUUGUCAAUGUAAACUACUUUCUGAUUUUUCACUGAAAGGUGAAUAAAAAAUUACGUUUUUAACCGGAAAACCCGUUGUGACAACUUCCACUUUUGCUAAAAGAAGAACCAAUAUAAUUUCCGGAGCAAGUCACUCAGUCUAUUGAAAUCUCCAGCAACCAAGUGGCCAUUCUCGCAGUAACACCACAAAGGGUAUAAUCAACUAAGCCGUCACGCUCAAAUCGCCAUUCUUGCUUAUUCUGUAUGAAGAUAGCAAUAUCAUGAACAUGCCCUCUGUCUACACACCAAGGACACAGUGAUUUCUUCAUGCGUGAAUCAGAGAUGUUCAGACAUGGAAGAUGUGAACGCUAAUAUGAUGGAGGCGUACGAGAAGCCCCUCUCCCUCUGGCGUUUGGUGGAGGAGUUGGUGUCUCCCGGAGAAAGACCGGACAUUCGAGAUAUCCUCGGUUCCUCCCUGAUUGAGCAGAGUCUGGAAUUGCACGAAGAGGUGGAUAACCUUCUAAGCAUAUGGCAGGACUAUCGGGCGGAAACGGACGACGACAUCCCUGCGUCUCCUGUCAAUCUUCUCCCGGAACCUCCCGGGAUGAGGGAGAAUCUGAAGACCCACAUCAGGAUGCUGCUUGAGUGUGUGCGGGAGAAGGCGAAGGAGGAAGGAAGAGACGUGGAUGGCCUUCUUUCAAGACACAACAGUGAUAUCUUGGACUAUGUCAAUGACGAACUGCCAAGAAGUACUAGUCCAGGACUAGGCUUCCAGAGACCUGGUAGUUCUAGGAGCAGUAGAGAUGGAAGAGAGACCCCCAUGAGGAUGACACCAAGCAGUGACAGUGAUGGAAUGUCAGCCACAUCAACAGUCAGUGACCAGGUAGAUGCUGUAAAGGACCAACUCAACAUACUACGGAUAGAUGAGGUGACAAACCAACUCAGAUCCAUGUUAGAGGAUGAGAUCUCCCAGCUUCUCAAGGAUUCAGUAUUCCUCCAGGGAUGUCUGGAAGAUGAGAGUGAUUACAGGAGUCAGUCCAGGAUGUCCAUAGUCAGCAGAGAGCCUUCAAUACAAGAAUUGAAAGAGGAGAGAAAGAAAUUGGAGAAAGAGGUUCAAAGUGCUCCGCCCCCAACCUCUGUUGGUGUCAUGAAUUCCGUAAGGACACGGAACAGAAGCUUGCCAAACUCGCCUAAUCGGAGACUUCCAAGUCCUCUUAGUCCGACAUCUUCUGGAAGUGCCAAGCUCCGUCCAUCACCUCCUCCAUCGGCCGGUAGCGCUGGGAGAGUUGCGCCUGUCAAAGCAAUCCACAAGAUGCCACCGUCCCGUCGUGCCACCGACCCGGACCUCUCCCAAGAGACAAACUCAAAUAGAACUAGCAGUGCUGGCACUAAGCCGUCAAUAUCGUCCAGGAGCGAACUGUCAAACAAACCGAGGUCCCCGAUCUCGAGCUUGCGCGGUGGCGGGCCGGACUCGCCGACGAGGAUGCAACCGUCGCCACCGUCUUCGGCAAGGCCUCCUGCGGGAAGGUCCGGCAGCGGGGGAUCAGGGAGGUUCAGGCACAGGGUACUUGAAGCAAAGCAGAGUAGGUGAUGUCACGCUUUAAAGACAUGCGCAGGAUGAGUGUGCUUGCUCAAGUCUCAUGCGAAGUCGGAAUUAGAUGCUACAAAUGCGUUUUAUCUCGCUCGGAUGUCAGAAGAAGUUGGAAUUUGCUGAUUCAAAGACAUGUACAGGAUGCUUGACCAUGUUCAAGUCUCGAGAGAAGUCAAACUUGAUGAUUCAAAGAUGUCCUCAAGAUGUGUGAUCCUGCUCGAGUCUUUGGAAAAGUCAGAAUAUGAUGCUUCAAGGACAUGUUCAGGAUGUGUGUGAUGCCACUCUUAGCUACUGAUGAGGUCUGAAUCAAUAUCAUCUGGUAACAUCAAACUCAAGGGUUCUUGAAUGUGUGUGUGUUCAGAUGCAGAUAUUUACAAGAGGGGACUGUCACUUCCCCAAAGAAGGUAUUCUUACUUGAACUGUUUGCUUUUGGAAAUAAAGACAGACAGUUGACCCUACUGGUCACGAGCACGUCCAAUAGACAAACUCACUCUCUGCCAGCUUAUGUAAUGCCAGAUUGAUUGCCACACAUUGGUCAAGUGGCUUUAAAGUGUAAAAGUCCAUUGCAGUUUCUUUGUCUAACGGAGCCUAGUCAUUACUACUUUUUAUGUAGGUUAGGGAUGCACAGGGUACCAAGUGACCAUUUCACAAAACUUAGAGUCAAUAAUUUUCACUAUCUCAUUGUUAUAAGCUACUGCAAACCAAUGCAUCUGAUUGGCUGAGAGCAAAGAAGUCGGUGAAAAUCACUGACAAAACUUUUCAUGAAAUGCCCCCUAGAAGUUAAGAGCUGGGGAUGAUGAGCCAUCUUAAAUGGAUAAAAUUUUCUUUGUAUGCGGAAAAAAAAGCCAGCAUACAUGAAAGUCCAUACCGUGUAAUCGUAGGACCAUUUUGGAUCGAGUCAAGCAAUAACAUGUGUAUAAAGGUUGAAGUAGGAGGAGGAAGGCACCUAUCCCCACAACAACAUAUCAAAUGAAUGUUCAUAAAAGAUAAA